AUGGGCUUGGAGUUUUCUCUACAAGCUGUGAUUCCGGACCGCAUCCUGCACUUUCUCAACCGCACCAGCGAGGAGGAGGCGGCCGCCACGCUCUUCUUCUACCGCACGGUGGUGCCCGAGGAGGUGGAGCUGGAGGUGGAGGCCGAUGGCGACGUCCCCGCCUCGUCCGAGGAGGAGGAGCAGGAGGAAGAGACCGAGCCUCCGAAGCACGAGGCCGAAGACAAAGUGUCGGCCAAGAGCCUGCAGCUGAAAGCCAGCUCGAUGUACCAGCCUCUGAAGGGCGCGGAGGAGGAGGACCUGGACGCAGAGAGCGCGGGGGGCGGCGUCGCCAAGAAAACUGUUAAGCACAUCGUGGAGAAGAUGUAUCUCCACGUGCUCUGUACUCCUGUCCCCGAGGAGUAUCUGGACCAGAAUGUGGUGUUUUUCCUGAGAAAUACAAAAGAGAUGAUCUUUGAAGCCAGCUACAUGAAGGAAGCUAUGGAAACCAUGCCCGAAACGCUGGAGUAUGGGAUUAUAAAUGGGCAUGUGCUUCAUUUCCUGAGAGAUGUCAUAUGCCAGGUCUUCUUGCCAGCUUUGUCCUUCAAUCAGCACAAGGAAGCAAGCUCAGGAUUCACACCCGGAGAGCACUCUGAUGCUAUGUCUGAGGUGGAGCUGCCUAGCAUGCCUGGAGAAGCAGUGGAGUAUCACAGCUUUCAGUUAAUACGGGAUGAAUUUUUAAUGAAUCUCCAGAAAUUUGCAAAUAGCAUCCAAAGAACAAUGCAGCAACUUGAAGGUGAGAUCAAGUUAGAAAUGCCAAGCAUCAGCGUUGAGGGAGAGGUGCCUGCCCUGGCAGCUGACCCAGAAACGGUUGAAGUCUUGGAGCAAUGUGUGAUAAACUGGUUGAAUCAGAUUUCAGCGGCUGUCGAGAGCCAGCUGAAAAAGACACCUCAGGGUAACGGUCCUCUGGCAGAAAUUGAAUUCUGGAGGGAAAGAAAUGCAACUCUGAGUGCACUCCACGAACAAACGAAGCUUCCUGUGGUCAAAAAAGUCCUGGAAGUGAUCAAGGAGUCAGACUCUCUGCUCGUAGCUAACCUGCAGCCAGUCUUGACGGAGCUGUUCAAGCUGCACAUGGAGGCCUCCGACAACGUGCGCUUCCUCUCCACCGUGGAGCGCCAUUUCAAGAACAUAACGCAUGGAUCGAGCUUUCACGUUGUCUUGGAGACCAUCCCCUCCAUGAUGAGUGCGCUGAGGAUGGUGUGGAUCAUCUCCCGGCACUACAACAGAGACGAGAGGAUGAUCCCACUCAUGGAGCGGAUCGCUUGGGAAAUUGCCGAGAGAGUCUGCAAAGUGGUGAAUCUUCGGACCUUGUUCAAGGAAAACCGAGCAAGUGCACAGCACAAAACCUUGGAGGCCAAGAACACCCUGAACAUGUGGAAAAAGGCCUAUUUUGACACCAGGGCCAAGAUCGAGGCCUCAGGGAGGGAAGCCCGGUGGGAGUUUGACCGAAAGCAGCUGUUUGAGAGGACAGACUACAUGGCCACCAUCUGCCAGGACCUCUACGACAUUUUGCAGGUGAUGGAGGAGUUUUAUAAUAUAUUUGGUCCAGAACUAAAGGCAGUGACGGGGGACCCCAAGCGCAUUGACGAUGUCCUGUGCAGGGUGGAUGGCCUGGUCACCCCCAUGGAGAGUCUGACCUUUGACCCCUUCAGCAUCAAGUCCUCGCAGUACUGGAAAUACGUGAUGGACGACUUCAAGAUCGAAGUUCUGAUCGACAUCGUGAAUAAACUCUUUAUCCGGAACCAUGACAACCCCCCACUGUAUAAGAAUCACCCUCCGGUGGCAGGUGCCAUUUACUGGGAGCGAUCCUUGUUCUUCCGGAUCAAGCACACCAUCCUCAGGUUUCAGGAGGUGGAGGAGAUACUGGACAGUGACCGGGGGGAAGAAGUGAAACAAAAGUAUUUGGAGGUGGGCAGGACGAUGAAGGACUACGAAGACAGAAAGUACGAGCAGUGGAGAGAGGCGACAGAGCAGCUGCUGCCGGCGCUCAUGAAGAAGAGCCUGCUCACGAGGGUUUCUAGCAGCUCUGAAGACGCCGCCAACUCCGCCAACUCCUCCGACAGGGGCACGACCUUUGCAAUCAAUUUUCCAUUUAGUCUCAGGGAGAUUAUUUAUGAAACAAAGUACUUGGAACAGCUGGGAUUCCCUGUCCCAGAGUUAGCAAGGAACAUCGCCCUCCAGGAGGACAAGUUUCUUAGGUACACGGAGGGGAUUCAGCGCAUGCUGGACCACUACCACAUGCUCGUGGGAACGCUGAAUGAGGCUGAGUGUGCCCUCCUUGACGACCACUCGCAGGAGCUAGUGCGAGUGUUUAGGUCCGGAUACAAGAGGCUCAACUGGAACUCGCUAGGUAUUGGGGACUACAUCACACGGUGCAAGCAAGCCAUUGGGAAGUUCGAGUCCCUUGUCCAUCAAAUUCAUAAGAACUCGGACGACAUUUCUUCCAGGCUCACGUUGAUCGAGUCCAUAAAUCUCUUUAAAUACCCAGUGCCUAAAACUGAGGAGGAGCUCCCAGGCGUAAAGGAAUUCUUUGAGCACAUUGACCGAGAAAGGACCAAAGAUGUGGACUACAUGGUCAGGUGGUAUCUUGCCAUCGGGCCUCUGCUGACCAAGGUCGAGGGCCUGGUCAUCCACACCAACACGGGCAAGGCCCCCAAGUUGGCCGCCUACUACGAGUACUGGGAGAACAGAAUUUACGAGGUCUUGACAAGGCUCAUCCUAAAGAAUUUGCAGUCUUUUAAUGCUUUAAUCCUGGGGGACGUCCCCUUGUUCCAAACGGAAACCAUUCUGACUGCGCCCGAGAUUAUCCUUCACCCCAACUCAAAUGAGAUCGACAAAAUGUGCGUCCACUGCGUCCGAAAUUGCGUGGAGAUCUCCAGGAAUUUUGUUCGGUGGAUGAACGGCAGCUGCAUAGAAUGCCCACCCUUGAAGGGAGAGGAAGAAGAGGUCGUCACAAUAAGCUUCUACAGCGACAUUGCCCUGAACCCUCAGAUCAUCGAGCAGGCUGUCAUGAUCCCCCAGAAUGUCCACAGGAUUCUGGUCAAUCUCGUGAAGUACCUGCAGAAAUGGAAGAAGUACCGGCCACUCUGGAAGCUGGACAAAGCUAUCCUGAUGGAGAAGUUUGCUGCCAAGAAGCCCCCCUGCGCGGCCUACGACGAGAAGCUGCAGUUCUACUCCCGCGUGGCCUCGGAAGUGAUGCGCCACCCUAUGGUCAAGGAGGAGCACUGUGUGCGGCUGCAGCUCGGUCCCCUGGCCAACACCGUGCAGGAAAACGCCAAGUCCUGGGUGACCUCCCUGGGGAAGCUGCUCAACGAUUCGGCGAGGGAGGAGCUGCACAGCCUUUACGAAGAGAUGGAGAACCUGGCCAGAAACCUGAAGAAGAGCCCCAAAACCCUGGAGGACCUCAAGUUUGUCCUCGCAACAAUUGCAGAAGUUAAAAGUAAAUCCUUGCUCAUGGAGCUCAGGUACCGGGAUGUGCAGGAGCGGUACCGCACCUUGGCGAUGUAUAACAUCCACCCUUUGGAUGCAGAGAAAGAACUGGUUGACAACAUUGAGAGCAUGUGGCUGAAUCUGUUUAAUGAUUCGGUGAAUAUGGAACGCGCCCUUGGGAGCAUAAAGAAAACUUUCACAGAGAUCACUCGAGGUGAGAUAUCGAGCUACAGGCUGCAGAUAGAGGACUUUGCAAAACGUUUUUACCUCGAAGGCCCUGGUUCUGUUGGUGAAGAUCUUGAUAGCGGAAUUGAACUUUUAGCCACUUUUGAAAGAGAGUUAGCGAAGCACGAAAAGAACCGUCAAGAGCUGGCCAAUGCCGAAAAACUGUUUGACCUUCCAAUCACAAUGUACCCAGAGCUAUUCAAGGUGCAGAAGGAAAUGAGUGGGCUGAAGAUGAUUUACGAGCUGUAUGAAGGGCUGAAGCUUGCGAAGGAAGAAUGGUCUCAGACGCUCUGGGUCAACCUCAAUGUGCAGUUCCUGCAGGACGGGAUUGAGGGCUUCCUCAAAUCCCUCCGGAAGCUGCCCCGGUCGGUCCGGAACUUAGCAGUGGCCCACCAUCUGGAGGCGAAGAUGAAGGCAUUCAAGGACUCCAUCCCUCUGCUUCUCGACCUAAAGCAUGAGGCGCUUAGGGACAGGCACUGGAAGGAACUUAUGGAGAAAACAGGCGUGUUUUUUGAAAUGACCCAGACAUUUACCCUGGAAAAUAUGUUUGCCAUGGAACUCCACAAACACACGGAGGUUCUCAAUGAGAUCGUCACGGCAGCAGUCAAGGAGAUCGCCAUCGAGAAGGCCGUGAAGGAAAUCCUUGAAACGUGGGAAAACAUGAAGUUUACUGUGGUCAAGUACUACAAGGGCACCCAGGAGCGCGGCUACAUCCUGGGAUCUGUGGAUGAGAUCAUCCAGAGCCUUGAUGACAACACCUUCAACCUGCAGAGCAUCUCAGGAAGCCGGUUUGUGGGGCCUUUCCUGGAGACCGUUCACAAAUGGGAAAAGACGCUGUCUCUGAUAGGGGAGGUCAUUGAGAUUUGGAUGUUGGUUCAGAGAAAGUGGAUGUACCUGGAAAGCAUUUUUAUUGGUGGAGACAUCCGAUCACAACUUCCAGAGGAGGCAAAGAAGUUUGACAACAUCGACAGAGUGUUUAAAAGGAUCAUGGCUGAGACCUUGAAAGACCCCGUGAUCAAGAGAUGCUGUGAGGCCCCGCACCGCCUCUUCGACCUGCAGAACAUCAGUGAGGCCCUUGAGAAAUGCCAGAAGAGCCUGAACGACUACCUGGAUUCCAAGAGGAAUGCCUUCCCUAGAUUCUUCUUCAUCUCUGAUGAUGAGCUGCUCAGCAUCCUGGGGAACAGCGACCCGCUCUGCGUCCAGGAGCACAUGAUCAAGAUGUUUGACAACAUUGCCGCGCUGAGGUUCAACGACGGGGACAGUGGGGAGAAGCUCGUGUCCGCCAUGAUUUCCGCCGAGGGCGAGGUCAUGGAGUUCCGCAAGAUCGUGCGGGCUGAGGGGCGUGUGGAGGACUGGAUGACAGCAGUCCUGUAUGAGAUGCGGAAAACGAACCGGCUCAUUACCAAGGAGGCCAUUUUUAGAUACUGUGAGGACAGAAGCAGAGUCGACUGGAUGCUCCUGUACCAGGGGAUGGUGGUGCUGGCCGCCUGCCAGGUGUGGUGGACGUGGGAGGUGGAGGAUGUCUUCCACCGAGUACAGGCAGGGGAGAAGCAGGCCAUGAAGAGCUAUGGCAAGAAGAUGCACCGGCAGAUCGACGAGCUGGUCACACGGAUCACCAAGCCCUUGAACAAAAAUGACCGGAAGAAAUACAACACGGUUCUCAUCAUUGAUGUACAUGCCAGGGAUAUCGUGGAUUCUUUCAUCAGGGGCAGCAUUCUCGAGGCCCGGGAGUUCGAAUGGGAAAGUCAGCUGCGCUUCUACUGGGACCGAGAGCCGGAUGAGCUGAACAUCCGCCAGUGCACAGGGACCUUUGGCUACGGCUACGAGUACAUGGGGCUGAAUGGAAGGCUGGUCAUCACGCCACUCACCGACCGGAUUUACCUGACUCUGACACAGGCACUGUCCAUGUAUCUGGGCGGGGCCCCUGCUGGCCCAGCAGGUACCGGCAAAACCGAGACCACCAAGGACCUGGCGAAAGCCUUGGGCUUGCUCUGUGUUGUAACCAACUGUGGCGAAGGCAUGGACUACAAAGCCGUCGGGAAGAUUUUCUCUGGCCUCGCGCAGUGUGGGGCCUGGGGCUGCUUUGACGAGUUCAAUCGCAUCGAUGCCUCCGUGCUCUCGGUCAUCUCGUCUCAGAUUCAGACCAUCCGAAAUGCUCUGAUGCAUCAGCUCACCACGUUCCAGUUUGAAGGGCAGGAGAUCUCGCUGGACUCACGGAUGGGCAUCUUCAUCACCAUGAACCCCGGCUACGCGGGCCGCACGGAGCUGCCCGAGUCGGUGAAGGCGCUCUUCAGGCCGGUGGUGGUGAUCGUGCCUGACCUGCAGCAGAUCUGUGAGAUCAUGCUCUUCUCUGAGGGCUUCCUGGAGGCCAAGACUCUGGCCAAGAAGAUGACUGUCCUGUACAAGCUGGCCCGGGAGCAGCUCUCCAAGCAGCACCAUUAUGACUUUGGACUCAGAGCCCUGAAGUCGGUGCUAGUGAUGGCUGGCGAGCUGAAGAGGGGCUCUUCCGAACUUAAAGAGGACGUGGUGCUGAUGAGGGCGCUCCGGGACAUGAACCUGCCCAAGUUUGUCUUUGAAGAUGUCCCCCUGUUCCUCGGCCUGAUCUCCGACCUGUUCCCGGGGCUAGACUGCCCGCGGGUGCGCUACCCCGACUUCAACGACGCCGUGGAGCAGGUGCUCACGGACGGCGGCUUCGUUCUCCUGCCUGUGCAGGUGGAUAAAGUUGUCCAGAUGUUCGAGACCAUGUUAACCCGCCACACGACAAUGGUGGUGGGGCCCACGGGCGGGGGCAAGUCCGUGGUCAUUAAUGCUCUGUGUCAGGCCCAGACCAAGCUGGGACUGACAACGAAGCUAUACAUCCUGAACCCCAAGGCCAUGAGCGUCAUCGAGCUUUACGGCAUCCUGGACCCCACCACCCGGGACUGGACGGAUGGGGUGCUGUCCAACAUCUUCAGGGAGAUCAACAAGCCCACAGAUAAGAAGGAGCGGAAGUACAUCCUGUUUGAUGGCGAUGUGGAUGCCCUGUGGGUGGAGAACAUGAACUCCGUGAUGGACGACAACCGGCUGCUGACCCUGGCCAAUGGCGAGCGCAUUCGGCUGCAAGCACACUGUGCCCUGCUCUUCGAGGUUGGAGAUUUGCAGUAUGCUUCUCCUGCGACCGUGUCUCGAUGUGGAAUGGUCUACGUGGACCCUAAGAACUUGAAAUACCAACCAUAUUGGAAGAAAUGGGUCAAGCAGAUACAAAACAAGGCGGAGCAGGGCGACUUACAGAGCCUCUUUGAGAAGUAUGUGCCCUACCUCAUGGAUGUGAUCAUGGAGGGGAUAGUGGACGGGAGACAGGGAGAGAAGCUGAAGACCAUAGUUCCUCAGACAGACCUAAAUAUGGUGACCCAGUUAACCAAGAUGUUGGAUGCAUUCCUGGAAGGAGAGAUAGAGGACCCUGACCUCCUUGAGUGCUACUUCUUGGAGGCCCUGUACUGCUCACUGGGCGCCACGCUGCUGGAGGAGGGGCGGCUGAAAUUCGAUGAGUGUAUCAAGCGCCUCGCUUCCUUGCCUUCCGCUGACACGGAGGGGGUCUGGGCCAUGCCCGGGGAACUGCCAGCUCAACUCCCUACCUUGUAUGACUUCCAUUUCGAUCCUGCACAGAAGAAGUGGAUUCCCUGGAGUAACUUAGUCCCAGAGUACAUUCACUCCCGCGAGAAGAGGUUUAUUGAGAUCCUGGUUCACACAGUGGACACGACCCACACCACCUGGAUGCUGGAGCAGAUGGUGAAGAUCAAGCAGCCUAUUCUUCUGGUUGGUGAGUCUGGCACCUCGAAGACAGCCACCACCCAGAACUUCCUCAAAAACCUGAGCGAAGACACCAACAUUGUGUUGAUGGUCAGUUUCUCCUCCCGCACCACGUCCCUGGACAUCCAGAGAAACUUAGAGGCGAAUGUGGAAAAGCGAACCAAAGACACAUAUGGCCCUCCAAUGGGGAAGCGCCUCCUGGUGUUCAUGGACGACAUGAACAUGCCAAAGGUGGAUGAAUAUGGCACACAGCAGCCCAUCGCCCUGCUGAAACUGCUGCUGGAGAAAGGCUACCUGUACGACCGUGGGAAGGAGCUGAACUGUAAGAGUAUCCGAGACCUCGGCUUCAUCGCUGCGAUGGGAAAGGCUGGGGGAGGCCGCAACGAGGUGGACCCGCGGUUUCUCUCUCUGUUCAGCGUCUUCAAUGUUCCCUUCCCUUCGGAGGAGUCUUUGCAUCUAAUUUACUUCUCCAUCCUGAAAGGCCAUACCUCGGUGUUUCACGAGAGCAUUGUGGCUGUGAGUGACACGUUAACACGCUGCACGCUGGCGCUUUACACAGAAAUCGUGCAGGACCUGCCCCCAACCCCGUCCAAGUUCCACUACAUCUUCAACCUGCGGGACCUCUCGCGGGUGUUUCACGGGCUGGUCAUCACCAACCCCGAGCGGUUCCAGACGGUGGCCCAGAUGGUGCGUGUCUGGAGGAACGAGUGUCUGCGCGUCUUCCAUGACCGGCUGAUCAAUGAAGUGGACAAGCAGCUGGUACAAGAGCACAUAGGAGACUUGGUUACGAAACACUUCAGCGAGGACGCGGAAGUGGUGAUGAGGGACCCCAUCCUGUUUGGAGACUUCCGGAUGGCGCUACAUGAGGAGGAGGAGCGCAUUUACGAAGACAUCCAGGACUACGAGGCGGCCAAGGCUUUGUUCCAGGAAAUUCUCGAGGAGUACAACGAAAGCAACACCAGGAUGAACCUGGUCCUGUUCGAUGACGCCCUGGAGCACCUGACGCGGGUGCAUCGCAUCAUCCGCCUGGACCGGGGCCACGCCCUGCUGGUGGGCGUGGGCGGCUCUGGGAAGCAGUCUCUGGCCCGGCUGGCCGCCUUCACUGCUGGCUACGAGGUGUUUGAGAUCCUCCUGAGCCGGGGCUACUCUGAGAACAACUUCCGGGACGACCUGAAGAACCUUUACCUGAAGCUGGGCAUCGAGAACAAAAUGAUGAUCUUCCUGUUCACAGACGCACACGUGGCCGAGGAGGGUUUCUUGGAGCUCAUCAAUAACAUGCUCACCUCAGGCAUGGUACCUGCACUUUUCCAAGAAGAGGAAAAGGAGGGGAUCCUUGGUCAGAUUGGACAAGAGGCUUUGAAGCAGGGGACGGGCCCGGCCAAGGAGUCUGUGUGGCAGUACUUUGUGAACAAGAGUGCCAACAACCUGCACAUCGUGCUGGGCAUGUCGCCCGUGGGGGAUACCCUGAGGACCUGGUGCCGGAAUUUCCCAGGUCUGGUAAACAACACCGGCAUUGACUGGUUCAUGCCCUGGCCUCCCCAGGCCCUGCAUGCCGUCGCCAAGUCAUUUCUAGGGAGUAAUUCCAUGAUCCCUGCAGAAAAUAUAGAAGAUCUGGUAGAACAUGUGGUUUUGGUCCACGAAUCUGUGGGUGAAUUCAGUAAACAGUUUCUGCAGAAGCUGAGGCGCAGCAACUAUGUAACUCCCAAGAAUUACCUUGAUUUUAUUAACACAUACUCAAAGUUACUGGAUGAGAAGACUCAGUACAACAUAGCACAGUGCAAGCGUCUGGAGGGGGGGCUGGACAAGCUGAAGGAGGCCACCAUUCAGCUCGACGAGCUGAACAGGAAGCUGGCCGAGCAGAAGAUCGUGCUGGCUGAGAAAUCUGCUGCCUGCGAGGCCCUGCUGGAAGAGAUCGCCACAAACACGGCCAUAGCGGAGGAAAAGAAAAAGCUCGCAGAAGAGAAGGCCAUGGAGAUAGAGGAGCAGAACAAGAUCAUUGCCGUGGAGAAGGCAGAGGCCGAGACGGCCCUUGCCGAGGUCAUGCCCAUCCUAGAGGCCGCCAAGCUGGAGCUGCAGAAGCUGGACAAGUCAGAUGUGACAGAGAUUCGGUCCUUUGCUAAACCCCCAAAGCAGGUGCAGACGGUGUGUGAGUGCAUCCUCAUCAUGAAGGGGUACAAAGAGCUCAACUGGAAAACCGCCAAGGGCAUGAUGUCAGACCCAAACUUCCUGCGGUCGCUGAUGGAGAUUGAUUUUGAUUCAAUAACCCAGGGCCAAGUUAAAAAUAUCAGAGGUCUCCUGAGGACACUCAACACCACGAUUGAAGAAAUGGAGGCUGUGAGCAAAGCAGGCCUGGGGAUGCUGAAAUUCGUCGAAGCCGUGAUGGGCUAUUGCGACGUUUUUAAAGAGAUCAAGCCCAAGAGAGAGAAGGUGGCCAGGCUGGAGCGGAACUUUUACCUCACGAAACGUGAACUGGAAAGGAUCCAGAAUGAGUUGGCAGCGAUCCAGAAGGAGCUGGAAGCGUUGGGGGCCAAGUAUGAGGCGGCCAUCCUGGAAAAGCAGAAGCUGCAGGAGGAGGCAGAGAUCAUGGAGCGCCGGCUCAUCGCAGCUGACAAGCUCAUCUCAGGGCUUGGGUCUGAGAACAUCAGGUGGCUAAAGGACCUGGACGAGCUGAUGCACCGGCGUGUCAAGCUGCUGGGGGACUGCCUGCUCUGCGCGGCCUUCCUCAGCUACGAGGGCGCCUUCACGUGGGACUUCCGCGACGAGAUGGUCAACCAAAUUUGGCAGCAGGACAUCCUGGAGCGGGAGAUCCCCUUGAGCCAGCCUUUUCGAUUAGAAAGCCUGCUCACAGAUGAUGUGGAGAUCAGCAGGUGGGGCUCCCAGGGGCUGCCCCCCGAUGAGCUCUCCAUCCAGAACGGCAUCCUCACUACGCGGGCCAGCCGCUUCCCUCUGUGCAUCGACCCCCAGCAGCAGGCCCUCAGCUGGAUAAGGAGGAGGGAGGAGAAGAACAACCUGCGGGUGGCCUCCUUUAAUGACCCUGACUUCCUGAAGCAGCUGGAGAUGUCCAUCAAGUACGGGACGCCCUUCUUGUUCCACGAUGUGGACGAGUACAUCGACCCCGUGAUCGACAACGUCCUGGAGAAGAACAUCCGCGUGUCCCAGGGCCGGCAGUUCAUCAUCCUGGGAGACAAGGAGGUAGACUACGACUCCAACUUCAGGCUCUACCUGACCACCAAGCUGGCCAACCCCAGAUACUCCCCAUCUGUGUUCGGGAAGGCCAUGGUGAUCAACUACACCGUCACUCUGAAGGGCCUGGAGGACCAGCUGCUAAGCGUGCUGGUGGCCUACGAGAGGCACGAGCUGGAGGAGCAGAGGGAGCACCUCAUCCAGGAGACGAGUGAGAACAAGAACCUGCUGAAAGACCUAGAGGACUCCCUCCUGCGGGAGCUGGCGACCUCCACGGGGAACAUGCUGGACAAUGUGGAGCUAGUGCAUACCCUGGAGGAGACAAAGUCCAAGGCCACGGAGGUGUCAGAGAAGCUCAAGCUGGCGGAGAAGACAGCCCUGGACAUCGACAGGCUGCGGGAUGGCUACCGGCCCGCGGCUCGGCGGGGUGCCAUCCUGUUCUUCGUGCUGUCAGAGAUGGCCCUGGUGAACUCCAUGUACCAGUACUCCCUGAGCGCCUUCCUCGAUGUCUUUGGGCUGUCGCUCAAGAAGUCGCUGCCCGACUCCAUCCUCAUGAGGCGACUGAGGAACAUAAUGGACACGCUGACCUUCAACAUCUAUAACUACGGCUGCACAGGAUUGUUUGAGAGACACAAGCUGCUCUUCUCUUUCAAUAUGACAAUCAAGAUAGAACAAGCAGAAGGACGGGCUCCCCAGGAGGAACUAGACUUCUUCCUAAAAGGAAACAUUUCCCUGGAGAAGAGCAAACGGAAGAAGCCCUGUGCAUGGCUGCCCGACCAGGGCUGGGAGGACAUCAUGCUUUUGUCAGAGGUGUUCCCAGACUACUUUGGGAGUCUCCCUGAUGAUGUUGAGAAGCAUCCAGCCAUCUGGCAGGAGUGGUAUGACCUGGAUUCGCUUGAGGAGUUCCCGUUCCCCUUGGGCUAUGACAAGAGCAUCACUCCUUUCCAGAAGUUGCUCAUCUUGCGCUGUUUCCGUGUUGACCGGGUGUACCGGGCCGUGACCGACUAUGUGACUGUGACCAUGGGGGAGAAGUAUGUGCAGCCCCCGAUGAUCAGCUUUGAGACCAUCUUUGAGCAGAGCACCCCAAACUCACCCAUUGUGUUCAUCCUGAGCCCCGGCUCUGACCCUGCCAGUGACCUCAUGAAGUUAGCCGAGCACAGUGGUUUUGGGGGAAACCGCCUCAAAUUCCUUGCCAUGGGUCAAGGCCAAGAAAAGGUGGCUCUGCAGCUGCUGGAGACAGCGGUGGCUCGGGGGCAGUGGCUGAUGCUGCAGAACUGCCAUCUCCUGGUCAAGUGGCUGAAGGACCUGGAGAAGUCCCUGGAGAGGAUCACCAAGCCCCACCCUGACUUCCGCCUGUGGCUCACGACGGACCCCACCAAGGGCUUCCCUAUCGGGAUCCUGCAGAAGUCCUUGAAGGUUGUCACGGAGCCACCCAACGGGCUGAAGCUCAACAUGCGAGCCACAUACUUCAAGAUCUCGCCCGAGAUGCUGGACCAAUGCCCUCACCCCGCGUUUAAGCCCCUGGUCUACGUGCUAGCCUUCUUCCAUGCCGUGGUGCAGGAGCGGAGGAAGUUCGGGAAGAUCGGCUGGAACGUCUACUAUGACUUCAACGAGUCUGACUUCCAGGUCUGCAUGGAAAUUCUGAACACGUACUUAACCAAAGCCUUCCAGCAGCACAACUCUCGGAUCCCGUGGGGCAGCCUCAAGUACCUAAUUGGAGAGGUCAUGUAUGGAGGACGGGCCAUCGACAGCUUCGAUCGGCGCAUCCUGACCAUCUACAUGGACGAGUACCUGGGGGACUUCAUCUUCGACACCUUCCAGCCCUUCCACUUCUUCCGGAACAAGGAGGUGGACUAUAAGAUCCCUACAGGCGACAUGAAGGAGAGCUUUGUUGAAGCCAUCGAGGCCCUCCCGCUGGCCAACACACCUGAGGUGUUCGGUCUUCAUCCCAAUGCUGAGAUUGGGUAUUACACUCAGGCCGCUCGGGACAUGUGGACUCACCUGCUGGAGGUGCAGCCUCAGACAGGGGAAUCAAGCAGUGGCAUCAGCCGAGACGAUUACAUCGGCCAGGUGGCCAAGGAUAUAGAAAACAAGAUGCCCAAGGUCUUCGACCUGGACCUAGUGAGGAAGCACCUCGGGCUGGGCAUCUCCCCCACAUCGGUGGUGCUCCUGCAGGAGCUGGAGCGUUUCAACAAGCUUGUCGUCCGCAUGUCCCGGUCCCUGGCCGAGCUGCAGAGGGCCCUGGCCGGGGAAGUGGGCAUGAGCAGCGAGUUAGACGAUGUCGCCAGGUCUCUGUUUAUCGGGCAUAUCCCUCACAUCUGGAGGAAGCUUGCCCCGGACACCCUCAAGUCCCUUGGGAACUGGAUGCUCUACUUCCUGCGGCGGUACAGCCAGUACACGUCCUGGGCCACGGAGGGCGAGCCCAGCGUGAUGUGGCUCUCAGGGCUACAGGUCCCGGAAUCCUACCUCACGGCCCUGGUGCAGGCCACCUGCCGGAGAAACAGCUGGCCCCUGGACCGCUCCACCCUGUUCACGCAGGUGACCAAGUUCCAAGAUGCGGACGAAGUGACGGAGAGGGCAGGACAAGGCUGCUUUGUGUCAGGACUGUACCUAGAAGGUGCCGACUGGGACAUAGAAAGAGGCUGCCUCAUCAAGAGCAAGCCCAAGGUGCUGGUGGUUGACCUGCCCAUCCUGAAGAUCAUCCCCAUCGAAGCCCAUCGCCUCAAACUGCAGAACACCUUCCGGACGCCUGUCUACACCACCUCCACCAGGAGGAACGCCAUGGGGGUCGGCUUGGUGUUUGAAGCCGAUCUCUUUACCACGAAGCACAUUUCUCACUGGGUGCUGCAGGGGGUGUGCCUCACCCUGAACUCCGACUGACCCUCGUCACAAGGACCUGUGUAGACCUGUCCAGUCCACUGGCAUUUCUUGGGGCCUCUCAAGAGGCAGGAGGGGGAGUGACAACAAUUUUCCUUACAUUUGAAAUCAGCCAUUUUAAUCUGUCUCCACAUAAAUUAACCUGCAUGGUUUUGUUUUUGAAGUUUUGGUUUUUUUUGAGUAAAUCCUGAAGGACGGUUCUGAGACGCUGAGGUGUCUUCCUC